GGACAACAUAAUUUGAUGACAUAACACUGCGAAAACAAAAGAUAUUCGUCCUUUUUAUUAAUGACAAAAAUACUUCGUCCAGUCGGUAAUCUUGAACGAUAUUAUAUUACAAGACAAAAUGUAAACUUUUAUAAUAAUAUUUUAUUUUCUAUAAGAUAUCAAUGGGAUGAAUUAUACAAAUUAAAUCCCAUAAUUGACCCAAUUACAAAUAAUAUAAUUAACGAAGCUAAGGAAUUCAUUUUACAAAUUCUCUACCCGUCACUGAAAAAAUUAAUACUAAAACAACCUUCCCUUUCGAUUUCCCUUAAAGAUACUAGAUCUCCACAGCCAUUAUUUAUUCUUCUCUCUCAAAUUGAUUUGUCUAAUUUAAUUAAAUUUGUUGUAAUUUCUAAUGAUGAAAAAGAUUUAGUAAAUGCUUUUGAACAAGAACAUGAUAUUGCUCUUGAUCAAGAUGAUGAAACAAAACCACUUUGGCGAAUGACUAUCGGGAUAGCAACGAAUUCGGAUGGAAAUACGCAAACGCGACCUGAUUACGAUUUAUGCGUAAUGUUUUGUUGGCAUCAUUGUAUUGGAGAUGGAAAAAGUGCUUAUGCUAUUCACAACACAUUUAUAGAAUCUGUAAAUUCUACAUUGCAAGAAAAAAACAAUUCUUUCAUAGAACCGAUAAAUCCUUUUUCGAAAUAUAUCAUUUCCAUUCCUGAUACACAUCAGAUUUGUGAACCACUCGAAAAAAGAAUCAAUGUUAAACCAACUAUUCCUCAUUUAUUAAAAGAAGCAUUCAUUGAGCUUUUAUUACCAUCAAUUCUCAAAAAAUCCUUGUUACCAAAUUAUUGGGCUGGUGAUACGCACUCAAAAGAUCUUUUAGAUUACCACACAAAAGUUCUGUUGUAUUCACUUGAAAAAGAUGAAUUUGAAAAUUUGAUUUUAAUUACAAGACAAAAUCAAACAACUAUUCAAGCUGUUUUACAUACCGCAAUUUUAUUUUCCUCAUCUCACUAUCUUAAUAAUAGUAAUAAAUCUAUUAGAAUAACUUCUCCAUUCACGCUUAGACCUUAUGCCACACCUCCAAUUUCAAGUGAUGAUAUGGGAAAUUAUGUAACAGAAUUUUUAUUUGAUUACAAAGUUCCCGUUAAUAGAUCAAAUUUUGAUAACAUUUACUUUUGGGAGUUAUGCCGUCAAUAUAAAUCUCAGUUAGAAAAUGAUAUACCAUCGUCAAUACAACAUGUUGGUAUGUUAGAUUAUCUUUCAAAAGAUAAUAAAUCCUGGGAAGAUUUUUUUAAACAAAAAAUGAUUGGAUUACCCAUGGGUAGAGGUUAUUCUUUUGAAUUAAGCAAUUGGGGAAAAUAUUACAAUGAAAAUACCAAUACUUGCAAUUGGAAAAUUAUAGAUAUGUUUAUUUCUCAAUCUGCUCAAGUUGUUGGUGCCGCUAUAAAUGUUAAUAGUAUUAGUUAUAGUAACAAGUUAAAUAUUAGUAUUACUUAUCAAAAAGGUGCUAUUUCUAAUGAGAAAGUAAAAGAAUUUAGUAAUGGUAUUAUUAAAUGUUUAAAAUUAAUUUCAAAUAAAAAUAUUAAUUUAGUUGAAGAAUAAUUUUUAUAUAUAUUAUAAACAAAAAGUUUGUUUUUAUAUAUGUUUAUUUUAAAAUUAUAUUUUUUCAAAUAACUUAGCAGUUAAAAAUAGUAUUAAUUCUUUUUCUAAUAA